AUGACCCAGGACGGCCUCGUGGACGGGGUGCUGAUGUGGUGGCGACUCGACAUGAACCCCAGCGGCAGCAUCGCGAUCUCGACGUCCCCGCUCGAGGAGCUGGCGCUCGGGGAGCCGGUGCCGCGCCGCUCCCACUGGCAGCAGGGGGCCUGCGUCUUCCGCGCGCCGCCGGCGCGGCGGCGCUUCCGCGGCGGCGAGCCGGUGCCGCUGCGCGUGACGGUGAGGGGCUGGGACGUGCACUUCGCCCUGCAGUCGGAGGGCGAGGCGGAGCGGCCGCGGCCGCCGCGGCAGGACCCCUUCGCCUUCCCCGCCCUGCAGAGGCACCUGCUGCUCCGCCUCGCGGACGAGCCGCGUUUGGCCCGGCUGCGCGAGGAGGUCCGCGACGCCGUCCGCGCGGGCGGCGGCGCGACGGCGACCGUGCUGUGCCUCAGCGACGGCCUCGCGGGCGCGCUGGCGGCGGUCUCGGCCGGCACUGGCGCGCGGGUGGUCGUGCUCAGCUCCCUGCCGGCCGCCGCCGACCGGCUGCGCGCGGCGCUCGGGGGCGGCGCCGCCGUCGGGGUCUACGCGCGGGACGGGGGCGGCCGGGGCCUGGUCGAGGCGGCCAGGGCGCUGCUGCAGGGCCGGGCGGCGCACGUGCUCGUGUGCGAGGCCGCCGACGCGGCGCUGGCCGAGCUGGACACCACCUGGGGGCUGGAGGAGAUCCUGGCCGUGUGGCACCGCGUCCGCCACCUCGUGCGGGCGGGCGACGUCCUCGCCGGUGCCGGCGCGGCGGGCCCGCGCGUGGUGCCCUGCGGCCUGAAGGUCGUCUGCCGAGCGUUCGCGGCGCAGGAGCUGCGGCGCCGGCGCGCGCCGGUCGGGGACAUCCUCGGCUUCGACAUGGGCAAGUUCAACGAGCACGCGCCGAUGUGGCGCGCGCACGGUGUGAAGAGGAGCUCGCUGAUGGGGUGCCUCCCAGCCUGGCUGUCGCCCAGGCUCGAGUGCGCGGUGCGGUGGCCGUGCGGGGGCGACGAGGAGCUGGGGCCACCGGGCGAGUCUCUUGCGCUGGCCCUGGAGGGCGCGGCCUCCGGCGAGGGCCGGUGCGACGGCGUCCGAGGGACGAAACGCGCUGACCACGACCAAGCUGACGCCAUCGUGGGGCCACCUUGGAGGAUGGUAGCUCUCUGGCCUGGGCUGCGCCGUGCGAAGCGCGAUUAUCUUCACGCCCUUGGGGGCGAACGAAUCGCCGAAAGCCGUUGAGAGCGUUCUCCCGGCUAAGGUUUGCCUCCGGUGCUCAACGAUCGAGGAUCGAGGACCGGUCUUGUCGGCGAAGAGCUCGGCCAUGGUCCAUGUUGGCCGCCGCCGAUGCACGAGGAUGAUCCACGAGUCGACAGUGGCCCAAGAGCGACGGCGACCAAGACCAGCACUGGCAUUUCCGCGUUCCGUCC